AUGCCUACAGCCGUGCGGACAAGCUCUGCGGAGCCGGUCAAGACACACCAUGAAAAGCCCAAUUCUCUCGCGCCGGAGCAGCCUCUGUCGUCUGCUGCGUCAUUGAAAACCGACAAUAGACGACCAUCAAUAUCUGUGAACAAUCUGGAAUGGUCAAGCAGUAAUGAAGCAUCCAAUGACUUCCGAUCAGACUAUUGCACCAAACCCACCCUGCCCAUGCUGGAAGCCAUCAUCCAGACAUCCCUCGGCGAUGACGUGAUGCAGGAAGAUCCCACAACGAACUCCUUUCAAGAAUACGUCGCCGACUUGCUAGGUCAUGAAGCUUCGCUUCUUGUCAUGUCAGGGACAAUGGGCAACCAGGUCGCUCUGCGAUCAGCCCUGAAGACACCGCCUUAUUCCAUUGUCGCUGACCACCGAGGACACAUUAUCAAUCUCGAGGCCGGAGGCCCAGCAACCCUAUGUGGGGCUCUCGUCAAAAUGGUCAUCCCGGCGAACGGUCAUCAUCUCACGCUUGGCGACGUCAAGAGGAAUGCCACCAUUACCUUUGACGUCUAUGACUGCCCGACUCAAGUCAUCAGCCUGGAAAACACGCUUUCCGGAACCGUGAUGCCUCUAUCCGAGGUUCGUGCCAUCUCGCAUUGGGCACGGGCGCAGGACCCUCCAAUCCAUAUGCACUUGGACGGAGCUCGUCUGUGGGAAGCCGUGGCCUCUGGUGCCGGAACCCUGCGGGAGUUUGGAGAGUGCUUCGACAGCAUUCAAAUGUGUCUGACCAAGGGUCUCGGGGCGCCCAUUGGGAGCGUUGUUGUUGGUAGCUCCACUUUUAUCAAGCGGGCGCGUUGGAUCCGCAAGAUUCUCGGUGGUGGUCUUCGUGCAGCAGGCGUCAUCGCAGCGCCCGCACGAGUAGCCAUUGAGGAUGUAUUUUUUGGUGGGAAGUUGAAGGCAGCGCAGGACAAAGCCAAGCUUGUGUCAGCCUUGUGGGAGCAACUUGGCGGGAAGCUUCAACGGCCAACCGAGACAAACAUGGUCUGGUUUGACCUUGAAGCCUCGGGCUUGAUGCGCGAACAGUUUUACCCAUUGGCUCGUACUUUUGACGUGAAGUUGUUCGAACACCCCCUCGUGAAUGGACGAGUGGUCUUUCACUAUCAGAUCACCGAGGAUGCUUUUGCCAGGCUCUGUCAAUUUGUCCGGGAGGUAUUGAAAGUACCAUCACUUACUAAACCAGUGUAG